AAACCCUUCACUAUAUCUCUUCCAAAACCCAGAGUCGAGCACAGAGUCAGAAACUCAGAGCUUAAGUGAAGAAGAAGAAGAUAAAAUAAUGCUAAGGUUUCAAUGUUCUCUUCAUCUUCUUCAGCCUUCUAUUGCUAAGAAGAACCACAACCACUCGAUUCUUUGUUCCUACAAUUUGGCGCCGUUUCGACUCACCGGCACGAUUUCGUCACCGAAGAUUCAGGAGAUACGUACGAAUUGGUCGAGGAAGAUUGGAAAGUUGCGAGUAAAUGGUAUAGGUCGAGAAAUGGAAGAAGAUGUUGAAGAAUUUGAAGAAGAAGAUGGAGAUGAUGAAGAGGUAGAAGAUGAGUUGUCUUCGAGGAAGAGAGGCGUUUACAAAGCGAAAAAAGGGAAGAUAGAUUACGACAAAGACCCAGAAUUCGCGGAUAUUCUUGGAGAUUGUUUAGAUAACCCAGAGAAAGCUCAAAAGAAGAUGGAAGAGAGGUUGAGGAAGAAGAGGAACAAAAUCCUGCAUACUAAGACCGGUUCUGCAACUUCGAUGCAAGUGACGUUUAACAAAUUUGAGUAUUCGAAUUCAUACAUGUGGUUGGAGUUUUACAAUGCUCCUCUGGAUAAAGACAUAGCCUUGAUAUCUGAUACAAUCCGUUCAUGGCAUAUCCUUGGACGACUUGGUGGAUACAACUCCAUGAAUAUGCAACUAUCACAAGCACCACUGGAUAAGAGGCCAAACUAUGAUGCUAUACUUGGAGCUAAUGUUGAGCCCACCACGUUUUAUAACAUCGGGGAUCUUGAGGUCCAAGACAACAUCGCUCGCAUAUGGCUCGAUAUUGGGACCUCGGAGCCUUUGAUUCUUGAUGUUCUGAUAAACGCAUUGACACAAAUCAGCUCAGAUUAUGUCGGGAUAAAGAAAGUUGUGUUUGGUGGAUCUGAGUUCGAGAGCUGGAAGGAGAAUAUGACAUCUGAGGAAUCUGGUUUCAGAGUCCACAAGAUAUAACAUCUUAUAGAUAAACAUAAACCCCUUAGAUUACUUCUGUUUUAGAGGGCCACAAGAGUUUACAUAUGUUCUGUUUGGAUUACAUGAUAUAUUAGUCAAUUGGUGUAUAACUAAGAACUAUGGGAAAUUAGAAUCACAUCGCCAUGAUUCAUGAUCAACUACAUGUAAACACAAACAUCAAAAUGUCAUCUAUGUAGCACUUGCGCACAGUUAUAAGUAUUGAGAAGUCAGAGCAGGCAGCCAAGGAGAGUAGUUGUAGUUCUUUCUUGAUAAAAGCCAAUGAUGGUA